AUGAGUUCACAAUCGAUUCAAUUAGUUGGAGAAAACUUGGACGAAAAUGAUAUCAAACCAGUGUGUGCCUUAUUGUUGAAAAAUCUUAUAAAGGUUUUGUCUUUGAGAGAUUGUGAAUUUUCAGAUAAAGAUUUUAAGAAAUUAAUGAAAUCAGUGGGAAAGACAAAAUCACUUCUGCAGCUUGCUUUGAAUAUUGGAAUAGUUAACAGUGAAUUUAGAAUUCAACUGUUAGCUCAAGCACUGGCAAAGAAUCAUUCAAUAACAGGAAUAUUUAUUCAUGGUAGCAAUAUUGGUGAUGAAGGGAUCAAGAUAUUGUAUAAAAGUAUAAUAAAGAAUGCUACAUUAGAAACAUUAGAUAUUGGAGAUUGUCAACUAACAGAUGUUUCUAUACCAUUAAUCUGUGAAUUAUUGACACCUUCCUCUGACUGGCCAGGUUUACAAGAUCUAUCAUUGAGUGCAAAUCCAGGAAUUAGUAAAACUGGAUGGAUGGAAUUUAGUUUGGCUUUAGCUGCAUCAACAUUAAGAACGUUAUAUUUAGAUUAUAAUAAACUAGGAGAUGAGAUAGCAAGUUGUAUUAUUAUAGCAGUUGCUGGUUGUGGAACACUUGAGAUAUUAGAUCUAGAAGGGACUGGGGUUACUCAGAAAACUGCCACAUUAGUGUUGAAAUAUGUAGAGAGUUAUACAGUAAAAUUAAAGAAAGUUUCAUUUAGUGGAAAUAAAGUCCAGAAAGCGACUGUAGAAGCUAUUAAAUAUCAUCUAAUUCCAGUGACUGAUGAAGAUACAGAAGGUAGUGAUGCUGAUUUAUUAUCGAUUACCACAAGAAGCAGUGUGGGUGAACCAAGACAGAAGGAGGUGAAGGUCAUUACAUCAUCAGGUGAAGCAGAGAGUGGAAAUGAAAGUGAUAAAACUAUUCAAGAUUAUUCUCUACAUAGUGAAAUAGUGGAACAAAUAGACUUUAAAAAAGCUAUGACUCAUCAGAAUGAAAAAUUUAACAAAAACAGUUCAAAAGAUGUAAAUGAGUUAACCAUCCAUUCGAGCCCAGGUGACCUUUAUCCUGAUGAAUAUGUUGAAGAAUUAAAUGAAGUUCCUACUUACUAUACAGGAAUACCUGUAACAUUUUAGAUAUUUAUUAUACUUUUAUGAAUCUUUUAACAUUAACACAUUGCCAUUUUUUAAAACUUUCUUUUGAAACUUUCUAGUCUGCUACCAUAUUGCUGUGUUAUCCAAUUUGAUAGAUUAGUCACACAGAUGUCAUUUCACUUGUCUAUUCCUUCCACCAUUGACACAGUGAGUCGCUUUCCAGCUAGCCUGAUGGCCCAGGGUUCAAUCCCAGUAUAGGUUGAGAUAGUACCUUCAGAAUUUUCGUUUUAUUUUUUGGAAUCUUUAGAAAACAGGAGAUAUAUUUCUCUACAAUUAGGCGUUUAAUUUACUGUACAGUAGUUUUCUAACAGCUUGAAAAAAUGUUAAAAACCUUUAACGUAGAGGGGUUUUGGUGUUUAAAAAUGAACGGCUGAAUUUUUUUAGUUAAAACUUUCAGAUAUGUUAUGAGAUACAUUUCUAUAGAUUUUGGUUUAUAGUUUCACAUAGUUGAGCAAAAAUAUUUUCAACCUACAAAAAAGCAGAAUGUCCCUUUAAGCUUAAUGUAAGUGUACUCAUUUGCAUUUAUUCAUCUGUCCUAUUUCAAGUGUACUUUUGUGCCAAAAUUGCUCAAUAAUUUGCUUAUUAUAUUAUAUAUGUUGAUUUUCAUUGUUUUUAUUAAUCAAUUUUUCUUCAUUAGUUAAUUGUUAUUCUGUGGGAUAAAAUAUAAGGAUAAAAAACACUGUUAU